AUGAAAGAUAUCCUUGGGAGCGCGAUGCGAAGGUCGAAACAGCGAAAAUCGCCCGCACUACAUCCUAAAAAACCAUCUAGAGAAACAUCACCGCGUUGCUCGUCCGUCUUGUCGGAUUGGGACGCAGACGACGAAGGAUUCAUGUCUUCAGGAGAUCUUGUGCCUUCAAGGCCACCCAGUCUAUCUAUAACCGCAGGUCCAUACUGUCCUCGACGCCCGACCCUGCACGAAGUACUGGCGAAUACAGCACCACCGCCAUGGACGCUCAGUGCCUUCAUGGCAUACCUCUCACAGAACCACUGCCUGGAAACACUGGAAUUUACCAUAGACGCCCAGAGAUACGCCCAACAUUAUAACACCAUGGUCGAUCGGGCUUCUCACAAUGAGACCCGGGAUUUGGAAUAUGUGCGUAUGUUAUGGCAGAAAUUAUUAGACGCCUACAUCACACCCAACGGACCGAGAGAGGUCAAUUUACCUUCCGACGUUCGAGACCGGCUAUUGUCCCUUCCUUCUACAUAUGCUGCACCGGACCCUGUAGAGCUGGAGCCGGCCGUCAAGAUCAUCUACGAGCUUAUGGAUGAAUCGGUUCUUGUCCCAUUCCUGAAUUCCGUCACUCCCACACGGCCUGCGGAAUCACUGAGCCUAUGGGGUUCCGACGAAUCCAUGACCGACUUGCACAUGGCUGCUCCAUUGGACGACAGGGCCCUGUCACGUUCUCGAUCUCGCGCUCAAAGGGAAGGCAGUCCGCCCAUGGGUGGGAAUGAUUUUACGCAACAUCACCUGACCACUACUGCAGGGCGUCCUGGACCCUCCCGGCUCUCUGCCUUGAUAUCUGCCUCAUCUAUCACAUCAGCAGAUGCGGUUGAUAGCAUGACGGAUGACAGCACUGACUCACCCUCACCAUCUGGCUCUGCUCUAGAACCAAUGACACCUCCUAAUACUCCCCCGACCUCCAACAUCGGUUUCGAGGGCCCAUCCCAUGCAUCUAGUCAGCGUCCUGUCCGACAUGAAGGCAGCAGCUGGAGGAAGAUGAGUGCCAAGCUAGGCUGGAAGAAGAGUCGGUCUGGAGCAAGCACGAGUGGUUCACACCAUCCAAUGGGGAGAGGGGGCAGCGAUGAUAGCGUUGGAGUUGCAACAACUCAUCGAAGGGGUCCCAAAACAACACCGGCGACACCUUUGGUUCAUGGUGGGACCACUUUGAAACUUAGUGACAGUGGGCCCUCACCAGUACUGGAAGCUCAUCCUGGCUCCCCUGUUGAUAUCCCAAGUUAUCGUCGCACUUCCCUCGCAUCAUCGUUAAAAUCAACACGUUCAUGUAGGAGCCAUAUUAAUCUUCCUCGCAGCGAGAAAUCACCGCGAAUAGGGAGAACGGAAGAAGGAAUCAAGAGGAAAGACGUGACCGCGAAAAGAUCUACCUCCACGGCGGAGAAUGAUGAGAUGAAGGGGACGGAACCCGUCAGAACGUCAAGGGGAACGCAAGUUCCUGCAUUCUACAUAUCCGAAAAGGCUCCCGAAAAUCAAAUUGCAAUCACUUCUAUGCCCGUGGAUGAUAACUGUUCUGUUGAUACGGCGAUGGAUAGCGGCUUGAUGGAUUUCGAUGUCCAACGCAACAGGGUAGCUUGGGUCCCAGCGAAUUCCCUCGCCCAAGAAUCGAAAUCUAGUCUGGCAACCACUACCACUCUCAUCGAUGAUCGGUACAGCCACGGUGCUUUGACCAUCGACACCAGCGUUGCGAGCUCAGCCGCAAGCAUGACGUCAAGCUUGGCAAGCACCUACUCGGCUACAACGAACUGCUCCGACAUCUAUGGUUGGGAAGAAGAACUGGACCGCCGAGCGAGCCUUGAAAAUCGCAUUGCCCGGGAGCGGGAUCUAACUAGACGGUGGCCGAGUGGAGGCAGGACGAUGGGCCCCCGCUUCCAGAGCGGCUUACAUGGAGCCCAGUGCAAACGUCCUGAUGUGAAGAGAAAAGGGUUAUUGUACAGGGUCUUGAGCCUACGACGCAGUUCGGAGGAUUGUGCUGGAUCCACCACCAGCCCCGCGACGGAAUUCCCAACCACUUCAUCUUGA